AGCAUGUUGCUUUCGGUCAUGACUCAUGAGCCAAAGUGAAUGUUGACUCCCCAAGGUGUGGUCAUCAUAACGAUUGAUUUCCACACCUCCACGGAAAAUCAAGAUCCUGAGCUUCAUGAAACAGAUAUAAGGACUAGCUGGUAACUACCAUCCUCCAGUUUUAUGGGAUCAAUGGAGAGAGAUAUGGAACAAUGCAGAACUCGAAAACAUACAGUAGUGUUAGUUCCGCCGCCCCUUCAGGGGCACAUGACUCCAAUGCUUCAGCUGGGGAGUAUUCUUUACUCUAAAGGGUUCUCAAUUGUAGUUGCACACUCCGAAUUCAGACCACCCGAUCCUCUAAACCAUCCUGGAUUCAUCUUUCACGCCUUGUCGGACAAUCUAUCUGGCUAUCAGGCCUCUAUCAACAAUUUACUGGAUCUCAUAUCCGCUAUCAACAGCAACUGCAGAGCACCUCUGCAGGACUACAUGGUUCAACUCAUGGAAGAUCAGAAGCUGCAGGGCUACCAGGUUUCUUGUAUGAUAUAUGAUGCACUCUUGUUCUUUGUUGAUUCGGUCUCUACUCAUCUAAAGAUUCCAAGCAUUAUUUUAAGGCCUAAUAUGGCUGCUUACAUGCUAUCUUGUCACUGCAUCUGCAAACUUCAAGCAGAAAAUCGUAUUCCUUUUCCAGAGUCCAGGCUGCAGGAACCUGUGCCAGAGCUCCAUCCUUUGAGGUUUAAGGAUUUACCCUAUCCAAUUACUAAUGCAAUCCCAGAAUGGCUUAUGGAUUUCAACGCUUCUUCAAUCAACAUACGCUCUUCUGUGGCCACCAUUUGGAAUACAACAGAUUGUCUUGAGCAUUCAACCUUAUCACGGCUUCAGCAAUGUUACAAAGUUCCAUGCUUCCCAAUUGGGCCUCUCCACAAGUUGGAGGCUGCAGCCACAGCUACUAGUUUCCUGGAAGAGGAUCAGAGUUGCAUUUCUUGGCUCGAAAGGCAACCUCCAAAUUCAGUGAUCUAUAUAAGCUUGGGCAGCAUCGCGUGCAUAAAUGAACAAGAGCUAACAGAAACAGCUUGGGGACUGGCAAACAGUGGCAUUCCAUUUAUAUGGGUUCUUAGGUCAGAUUCUAUAGAUGGAUCUCAGUUGGAUGAUCACUUUCCUGAGGGCAGUUUCAAAUCUUUACUAGGAGAAAGAGGCCUAAUAUUCAAAUGGGCACCUCAGAAAAAAGUUUUGGCACAUAGGGCCGUGGGGGGAUUUUGGAGCCACUGCGGCUGGAAUUCAACAAUAGAAAGCAUCUGCGAAGGCGUUCCAAUGAUUUGCAGACCACAUUUUGCUGACCAAAUUGUAAAUGCAAGAUACUUGACUUAUGAAUGGAAGGUAGGCCUGGAAAUUGAGAACGUGGUGGAUAGAGGGAGCAUUGAGAAAUCUAUAAGACGACUAAUGGUUGAGGUAGAAGGCAAAGAAAUGAGGCAAAGAAUGUUAAUUAUGAAAGAUAAACUAGAAGCGGGUUUGCAGAAAGGUGGUUCUUCGUAUGAGUCCUUAAAUGACUUGACAGAGUUCAUCACCUCAGUCUCGUCAGCAGCAGGGCAAUGACAAGGUCAAGCCGAUGUUCCAGCAACCAUAUCAAAUCAUACUACUUAUGUAUGCUCAUGGAUUUCACAUUUCCACUUUUGAAUAAAAAAUAUGAUCUCAAUAGGGAGGUAUAAAGAUUUGGAAGUUAUAACCUUGAGCUGCUGUUCCCA